GGUGGAUCAAUCAAAACCAUAAGCAGAGGCGCUCACGCAUGCAGGCUUUUCUGCUUCUGGGUCGCUUUGUUUUGAAGUUUCCCGCUCUAAUUUAUGGGUCUUUUGGAUUUACAUCUGUAGAGUGGAGAGAAAGAGAAGCCCGAGGAAAUAAAAAAAAGCCAUGAACACUAGUGUUCGAGCUGCUCUUCCCUCCAUGAAAGCUCCUUCAAAGCACGACGGUCAAGAGGAGAAGAAGAUGGAGCACAGAGGCAAUGGCACGGCGACAGUUGCAGGCAAAUAUCUGGUUAAUAGGAGGCGAGCUAACAGGGAGAGGAAAAUGGAACUGCUGCAAGAUGUUGAUAAUCUGAAGAGGAAGCUGAGGCAUGAAGAGAAUGUGCACCGAGCACUGGAGAGGGCUUUCACUAGGCCUUUAGGAGCUCUUCCUCGUCUUCCACCUUAUCUUCCUCCCAAUACGUUGGAGCUUCUGGCUGAAGUAGCUGUUCUUGAAGAGGAAGUGGUCCGGCUUGAAGAGCAAGUUGUCAGCUUUAGACAAGGUCUGUACCAGGAAGCUGUUUAUACAUCUUCCAAGAGAAAUUUGGAGAGCCCUAAUGGUUUGAACGAGAAUUCGCCCGUUAGGAGCAGCAAACACCAGCGUUCGAAGUCUCUGUCACAACACGAGUUCAAUUCAUUGAUCUCUCCUUCAAAACAUCACCAACCGUCUCUCGGAAGAAGCGUCUCGAGCAGGAAACUCUUCUCCUCCGAUCACACGAUUCAAGAUCGAAACAGAACAGUAAACGGCAAACAGGCUUCUUCUAAUAAACCAAGCUUGAACGGUGCCAGUCCGGUGGAUGUAAGGGGGAAAGAGAAUCAUUCCUCAGUUAAAGCUUCAAAAGAUAAGCAAUCGCCAGAGAAGAAGAAACCCGGAAAGGCAGUGACGCCAUUGAAGAGACCUUCGAUUAAGCAUGGCUCACCCGAUAAACGCUCAGAAUCUAUCAAAGAACAGGUCCAGCUGGACAAUAGAUUAGCAGAUCAAGAAAAAGCACAAGAGAGCAUAUCUAUUACAUCCUCAGAUGACAAGACACAACAGACUGGAAGUUCAGCAAACAGAGUUUCGGAGGACCUUGUGAAAUGUUUGGUGAGCAUUUUCUUGAGGAUUAGUUCAACGAAAAACGGAUUUCUCGAUCCUUACGCUAACUGUUCAGAAUGGAGAGCCCGAGAAAUUGGUUCUUACAAGAAUCUCUGCUCAAUCGAUGCAUCUUCAGUCAACCUUAACAGAACAACCAAUGCUUUGUUUCUGAUCCAUCGUCUCCAGUUUCUGCUCGGUAAGCUUGCCCUUGUAAGUCUCGAUGGUCUUAGCCACCAGCAGAAGCUCGCGUUUUGGAUAAACACAUAUAAUUCCUGCACGAUGAAUGCAUUCUUGGAGCAUGGAAUUCCCGAGACACCGGAGAUGGUUGUAGCCUUAAUGCAGAAGGCAACAAUAACCGUCGGGGGACAUUUGCUAAACGCCAUUACGAUCGAGCAUUUCAUCUUGAGACUUCCAUAUCACCUGAAGUUUACUUGUCCAAAAACCGCAAAAAACGAAGAGAUGAGAGCUCGGUGUGCAUUCGGGUGUGAAUGGUCCGAGCCCUUAGUCACUUUCACACUCGCCUGCGGAAGCUGGUCUUCCCCUUCUGUUAGGGUUUACACAGCAGAAAAGGUCGAGGAAGAACUCGAAGCUGCAAAGAGAGACUAUCUACAAGCAGCAGUCGGGAUUUCAAAGAACAACAAACUGAUGAUUCCAAAGGUUCUUGAUUGGUACCUCCUCGACUUUGCCAAGGACUUAGAAUCUUUGCUUGAUUGGAUUUGUCUCCAGUUACCCGAAGAACUCAGACAAGAUGCUGUCAGGUGUCUCGAGAGGAAGAACAAAGAUUCCCUUUCGGAAUUUGUUCAAGUGGUUCCAUAUGAUUUCGGUUUCAGGCUGCUUUUGCAAAGAUGAAUGGGAAAAAUAUGACAUUUGUAUAGAUUUGUUAUUAGUUCAGGGAAUGGUACAUAGAAUAUGUCAACUCUCUUUACAUAUAGAAGAUGAAAUUUAUAUUCAUCAUGACCCUGCUUCUACCGUUUA